GUGACUGGAGCAGAAGGAGGAGCUGCGGCCCCCGAGCCCUGCCGGUGUCGGUGUCGGUGUCGGUGUCGGGGCCGGGGCCGGUGUCGGUACCAUGCGGGUUUGGGCGCUGCCGCUGCUGCUGUGUGCGCUCCGGCUCGACGGAGCCCUGGCCCGCAACGUGCUGCUCCUGCUGGCUGACGACGGCGGCUUCGAGAGCGGUGCCUAUAACAACUCGGCCAUCCGGACGCCCAACCUGGACGCGCUGGCGCGGCGCAGUCUGCUCUUCCAGAACGCUUUCACGUCCGUCAGCAGCUGCUCGCCGAGCCGGGCCAGCGUGCUGACCGGGCUGCCCCAGCACCAGAAUGGGAUGUACGGGCUGCACCAGGGCGUGCAUCACUUCAACUCCUUCGACGCCGUGCGCAGCCUGCCGUGGCUGCUCCGCCAGGCAAACAUCCGCACAGGGAUCAUUGGGAAGAAGCACGUUGGGCCUGAGGCUGUGUACCCCUUCGACUUUGCCUACACGGAAGAAAACAGCUCGGUGCUGCAGGUGGGGAGGAACAUCACCCGCAUCAAAGCGCUGGUCCGGCGCUUCCUGCAGAGCCAGGACACGAGGCCUUUCUUCCUCUAUGUUGCUUUCCACGACCCACACCGCUGCGGGCAUUCCCAGCCCCAGUAUGGAGCCUUUUGUGAGAAAUUUGGCAAUGGAGAGAGUGGCAUGGGCUGGAUCCCUGACUGGAAACCACAGCUCUACCACCCAGAGGAUGUGCAGGUCCCUCGCUUUGUUCCAGACACACCGGCUGCCCGGGCAGACUUGGCAGCUCAGUACACCACCAUUGGACGCAUGGACCAAGGGAUCGGGCUGGUGCUGGAGGAGCUGCGGCGUGCUGGCGUCCUCAACAGCACGCUGGUGAUCUACACCUCUGACAACGGCAUCCCCUUCCCCGGUGGCAGGACCAACCUCUACUGGUCAGGCACAGCUGAGCCCCUGCUGCUCUCCUCCCCGGAGCACCCCGGGCGCUGGGGCCAGGUCAGCUCAGCCUUUGCCAGCCUCCUGGAUCUCACACCGACCAUUCUGGACUGGUUCUCCAUCCCCUACCCUUCGUACAGCAUCUUUGGCACAAAGCGGGUGCAGCUGACGGGUAAAUCUCUCCUGCCAGCGCUGCAGUCAGAGCAGCCCUGGGCCACCGCCUUCAGCAGCCAAAGCCACCACGAGGCCACCACGUACUACCCCAUGCGUGCCAUCCAGCACCGCCAGUUCCGCCUCAUCCACAACCUCAACUACAAGAUGCCCUUCCCCAUCGACCAGGACUUCUACGUCUCACCUACAUUUCAAGACCUGUUGAACCGCACCAGGGCUGGGCAGCCCACGCACUGGAACAAGACCUUGCACCAGUAUUACUACCGGGACCGCUGGGAGCUCUUUGACUGCAGCCAGGACCCGACCGAGAGCCACAACCUGGCCUCUGACCCACGCUAUGCUGCCAUCUUCCAGAUGCUGCGUGCGCAGCUGCUGAAGUGGCAGUGGGACACGGGGGACCCCUGGGUGUGCGCCCCUGAUGCUGUCCUGGAGGAGAAGCUGAGCCCGCAGUGCCAGCCGCUGCACAACGAGCUGUGAGCCGCUCCACCAGCACUGCCUGGGCUGCGGCACGGGGAUCCUCGUGGCUCUGCUCAGACUGAGAAGCUGUAAAGCCAAACUGAUGCUCAAUAAAGCUUCUGGUGGAGAGCUG